UUUAACAGUUUGGUAAAGAUUUAUUUAUUUCAAAUAUAUUUAUUAACAGCGCAGGCGGAGGACUACAAGCUGCUAACUGCGAAACUGGACACAUCUUCAGAUGAAACGUCUGUUAGAAUCAUCGGAGGCACGCCCGCUAGUAUCGAAAAAUAUCCAUACACAGUGCAGAUCUUAUACAACAGGCAGCUGACGUGUGGCGGUACCCUGCUCACCAGAAGACAUGUGAUGUCAUCUGCUCAUUGCUUUGUUACUUCAACUGGUCAGCUGGCCAGUGCAUCUCUCUUUAGCGUCCGAGUUGGUUCCACUUACCAGGGCACAGGAGGCUCGCUUCAUUCCGUAUCGCAGAUCCGCAUACAUGAGCGCUACAACAGCCCAGUGCGAGACAACGACAUCGCUGUGAUGUCGCUGUCCUCCGCGGUGACGCUGAGCGCUAGCGUCGCGCUCGCCUUCAUACCAGAACAGGGCGCGAUUGUACCGGACAAUGCUAGCGUCGUGACCGUUGGUUGGGGGCGGACUAGUACGGUCAUCGAAGGGAGCUCGGCGUUCUUAAACGAAGUGACAGUUCAGAAGGUCAACAUCCAAACGUGCGCAAGCCGGUAUCUGAUGCUGCAGAAUAUCACGGGAGAGCCCUAUCCUGUGACUAACAAUAUGAUUUGCGCGGGACUACUUGACACGGGCGGUAAGGACGCGUGUCAAGGGGACAGCGGGGGUCCACUGAUAUACCGCGGGGUGGUGGUGGGGGCCACCUCGUGGGGCUACGACUGCGCUCACCCCCUCUUUCCGGGGGUCAGCGCUAGAGUAGCCAGCUAUACCACUUGGUUGAAUAAUACGAUAACGGGAUCUGGCGGAACGAGAAACGACGCUAGUUCAAGUAAAUUAAGUUUUCUAUUUGUAAUUACCUUAUUUGGUGCCAUAUUUAUUAGCAAUUAAAUAAUUUUUAUAAGAUACAU